GAUUCCAGGUCGACGGCGCUUCCACGAGUCCCAUGCGCCUCCCGGGCCCGCCACCCGUGCCGGGUCUUGUGGGGUGAGGUUCCGCUGUCUCGGCCGGGACAGGGGAGCCAAAAUCCAUGGGCGGGUCAGCUCCCAACGCAAGCAGCAGUUGAGCGCUACUGACCGCACCGGUUGGCUGCCCUAUCCAGCGAGAUCGGACAUUGGUUUCAAGGGGGGUGAGGUGAGGAGGAGAAGGUUCAGAAAGCGAGAGGAAUGGAGAAGGGUGCUCCGAAUGCGAAAGCUUUUCGCUGUUGUCAAAGAGGGGAAGGCUGGUGGAGGUAGGCCCCGCUGGAGAGGGAGGACCAGGAAGGGGUGGCCUGGUGUCCCCCUCGCGGCCUUGUCCAAGUGUCCAAGAUCUAGUCUUUUGUGUCGUUUCUUCCACACGACUCUCGACUCUCGCUUCUCGCCUCUCGCCUGAUAGGUGGAGAGAAAAACAGGUUCUCUCCGAGGUCUUUCGCGUGAUCGUGCCAGCAACGUAUUUCUUGGACCUCAUCUCUUUCCGCUGCCUGUUUUCAUUUUGGGAAGAAAGGGGGGACCUUUGGUGCUUCUGCUAUUUCACCACCAGUACCAGCUUAGGAGAGAUCUAGUAGAGAGUACAGUAGACCAAGAGGAGGAAGGAGGAGAUGGGAAGAAAGGGGAAGUGGUUCAGUGUUGUGAAGAGUGUUUUGAUUCCCAACUGCUGUCAAGGAGAUCAUGGCAAAUCCAAGCAUUCCGAUCCACUCCCUACAAAAGAAGUGGAGACUACUGCUCAUGAGGCUGCUCAACCACUGCCACUGGCGCCCAUCGAGGGGGAUAAACUGACAGAGAAGGGGGAUGAACAGAGCAAGCAUGCUUAUUCGGUGGUGGCGCUUGCCAGUGCUGUUGCCGCAGAGGCUGCAGCUGUCGCCGCUCAGGCUGCAGCAGAGGUUGUUUGCCUCACCACCUCAACAACUAGGCUUGUAGGUGAACCGAGAGAAGAGGUUGCAGCCAUCAAGAUCCAGACUGCUUUCAGGGGGUAUCUGGCAAGAAGAGAAUUGCGAAUUCUGAGAGGACUGUUUAGGUUGAAGAGACUAGUUGAUGGAAAUGCUGUGAGGUCUCAAACCUAUAACACCUUACAUUGCAUGCAAAAAAUGGCAAGAGUUCAGACACAGAUACGUGCAAGGAGGAUCAGAAUGACAGAGGAAAACCAGGCUCUCCAGAGGCAUCUGCAACGGAAAUAUGAAAAAGAACUAGAGAAAGUGAAGAUCGAAGAAGAAUGGGAUGAUAGUCUUCGGUCCAAAGAGAAAAUUGAAGCAAAUCUAGUGAACAGACAAGAAGCUGCUGUAAGAAGAGAAAGGGCACUAGCUUAUGCAUUUUCUCAUCAGUGGAAGAGCUCUUCCAGAUCCUUGACUCCAACAUUCACCGACCCAAGGAAUCCGCAAUGGGGUUGGAGCUGGUUGGAACGGUGGAUGGCAGCAAGGCCAUGGGAGACCCACAGGAUAACAGAAACCAAUGAUCAUGACUCCAUAAGGAGUGCCACCUUCAGUCUCAUCGGACAAACAAUGAAACGGCGCGACACUAGCUUGGAACGCACCCCAUCAGCAAUUCGGAAAUCAAGCCGACCUACCAGCCGCCAGUCACCCAUGACACCACAAUCUAAGCCACGGUCCAGAAAGAUAUCGCUGAGUCCAAGAGGUGGUCGACGCUUGGUAGAUGAGGAUGCGAGGAGCAUGGUCAGCUUUCAGUCUGAGCGGCCAAGGAGGCACAGCAUUGCAGGAUCAUCAGCGAGAGACGACGAGAGCCUGGUGAGCUCACAGUCCAUUCCGAGCUACAUGGCAUCCACAGAAUCAGCUAGAGCCAGGUCCCGGUUCCAUAGCCCACAAAGUGACAUGGCUGACACUCCGGGGAAGAGAUCUAUUUGCUCAGUAAAGAAACGCCUUUCUUUUCCUAUGGCUGAUGAUAACAGUAUAUCAUCUCCUGCAGCAAGGAUUAGGCGUUAUUCAGAGCCUCCUAAGGUAGACAUUUCCCCAGUGAAUAACGAGGAACAAUCAGUGGAGAAUUGAGUUAGUUCAUAACCUAUGGGGGAGUCUUGGUGCUAUGCCCUGUAUGUGUGCGUGUGCGCGUUACUGAGAGUUGGGUUCAUUGUUGUUGAUAUGGCUUGUUUGUAGCCUAGGGUUCUUAGCUUUCUUGUGUGUGUGUUAGUGAAUGUGCUUUGGCUUUUGAUUGCAGGCACAAGCAAUGUGUGGGUUGCCUUGGAUGUUGCUUGUGAGUCUGUCAGAAUCUGACUUGAUGUUGUAUCCAUUGCUGAAAUGUUUUCUCCAA